AUGAGCAGCAGAAGCGUGUCCAUGAAACCGAGGAACCUCAGCGGCAAGCUGCCGCUCUCGGAAGACACCGAUCUUCCUCAGACGAGCCAGCAGAACGAGGCAGGAGACGGCGGCGGCGGUGAUGACGGCGAGAUUGUGCAUUUCAGCCACCCGGAGCACCGGCUGGCGCCGUUCGACUUCCCGUACCUCUUCAUGUGCAUGGGCUGCAGGGAGUACGGCGCCGGCAAGCGGUUCAUGUGCCAGAUCUGCGGCUUCCAGCUGCACGACUUCUGCGCGCUGGCUCCUCCGUCGCUCCACGACCACCCCUUCCACCCCAAGCACCAGCACCUCCUCUUCUUCGAGAAACCAGGUGGGUUCCUCCGGUGCAAGUGCGACGUCUGCGGCAAGGCCGUCAAGGGCUUCUCGUUCCGGUGCGCGUGCUGCAGCUUCGACGUGCACCCGUGCUGCGCCGCCAUGACGCGGCGGAUGGAGUUCCCGGCGCACAGCCACCCGCUGCUGCUCGCGCCGGACUCGGGGGCUGCCGGUGCCGGAGUGGCCACGAGCUUCGUGUGCCAGGUGUGCAGGAGGCGGCGGUCGGGGCGCGUGUACCAGUGUAUGCCGUGCGGGUACUACCUCCACGCCAAGUGCGCCAAGGACAUGGUGAACGGGCUCUACGAGCACGGCGUGGUGCCGCCCGAGAGGAGCAACCCGCUCGUGGCCGUGGCCAAGGUCACCAUCAACGCCCUAUUCGGGGUCAUCGGCGGCCUCAUCGAGGGCAUUGGCGAGGGGAUCGGGGAGGCCUUCGUAGAGAACAUUGGCAGGAGUAGAGGCAGAAGCUUCAGGUGA